AUGCGUGCAGUCAGGCACGCCUUUGGGGGAAUCCGUCUUGUCAUUUUUCCUUCUCUCAACCCUGAGGGGAGAAAAUGGUCCGGGGCGUCUCAUCUCCCCAGCCUUCCUGCGGUGCUCGCCGCUGUCGUCCUCUCCCAUGCUUAUGCUAGGAUUUCUUUGGUGUGUAUCUCUUUCAAACAACGAUAG